AUGUCUCCAAGCACAUCGAGCAGCCCGGGCCCGAUCCUCAACAAGGAGGUGAAGUUGGACGAGCUCUCGAAGUACUUUCAUCUGCCGGAGAAGGCAGUGGCCAAGGAACUAGGGAUCUGCCUGACAUCGCUCAAGAAGCUGUGUAGAAGUUACGGCAUCACCAGAUGGCCUUUCCGGAAGCUAAAAAGUCUGGAGAGGACGAUGCGAAAAGUGCAAACAGAAGAAUCGUGGAAUGUAGGCGGACAGUCCACGGGUGACGGCGAUAGCAAGACACCAGUACCAGAGCUGAAAGUGAGUCCGCUGGGUUGUGUAUGA